CACGUCCGGGAUGCCGGCUUAGGACGAUCUGUACUAUCAUUUUAUAAAAGAACUUCAUGCUUCCGCGAGGCUCUCUCCUAGUCGGCCGCAGGCUCUGCCACUGACUUGAUGUGCACUGUGACUUGCCUUGUAUCCCUCUCCGUGUCUCUGUGUCUAAUCUGUAAAAUGAAGGGAAGACAAGAUCCCUAAAGUCACUUUUCAGUUUUUCCGAAUGUAAUUGAAUGUCUGUUAUUUCUUUUGAGCCACGUAGUCCGGAGGGUUAGUAUCCUUGACCCCAUUUUAUAGGGAAAAGCUGGUGAGAGGUUACAUGACUUCCUCAAGAUUGAACAGAUAACUUUUUGAGGUUUUAGAACUUGAAACUAGAAUGUUACUCUGUAACUCCAUGGUCAAAUUUUCUUUGUAUAUUUCUAUAUCGUCAGUUCCUGGAACUGGCCACAUAAGCAGAUACUCAAAAAGUUUUGAAUGAAUUAAUCUUGAUUCCAAGGCCAAUGCCAUGCAAACCUGGUAUCUCUCCAUCUCUGAUGUAUAAACAAAUGUUACUUUUCCAGGGUAUCUUGUGCCUUACCUUACUGGGUGCUCUGAGUCCAGUUCUGUAGUCUUCAAUUAAUCAGACACCAUGGAGGCACCCCCAGUUACCAUGAUGCCUGUUACUGGGGGCACCAUUAACAUGAUGGAGUACCUGCUUCAGGGAAGUGUUUUAGACCACAGUUUGGAAAGCCUUAUCCACCGCCUUCGUGGUUUAUGUGACAACAUGGAACCUGAAACUUUCCUUGACCAUGAGAUGGUAUUCCUCCUGAAGGGCCAGCAGGCCAGCCCAUUUGUCCUGAGGGCCCGGCGCUCUAUGGAUAGAGCAGGGGCACCCUGGCAUCUGCGUUACCUGGGACAGCCAGAAAUGGGAGACAAGAACCGAUAUGCUUUGGUGCGAAACUGUGUGGACAUUGCCACAUCUGAAAACCUCACAGAUUUCUUGAUGGAAAUGGGCUUCCGUAUGGACCAUGAGUUUGUUGCCAAGGGACACUUGUUUCGUAAGGGCAUUAUGAAGAUUAUGGUAUACAAGAUUUUCCGUAUCCUGGUGCCAGGGAACACAGACAGCACUGAAGCCUUGUCGCUCUCCUAUCUUGUGGAAUUAAGUGUUGUUGCACCAGCUGGGCAGGACGUGGUCUCUGAUGACAUGAGGAACUUUGCUGAGCAGCUGAAACCUCUGGUUCACCUGGAGAAAAUAGACCCCAAAAGGCUCAUGUGACUAAGACAGUCUGUCCUCAUAUGUUAGAAAAAAGAUGUUAUAAAUGCCCCAGUUUACCACUGCCAGCCAGGUGUUGCUCAGGAAGGACAGUGAGAAUUUACUUGGUUCUUUGCAGUGUAUUCCUCGUGAGGUUUCACAUUCAUAGCAGCCUUUUUAUUUUUAUUUUUUAAUUUUUUGGUACUUGGAACUGAACCUAGGGACGCUUAACCACUGAGCCACAUUCUCAGACCUUUUUUGUAUUUUAUUUAGAAACAUGGUCUCGCUGAGUUGCU